UUUGUUCCACUUAUUCAUGCUGAUCCUCUUCAUUUUCCUUUUCCAUCUAAUCUUAUCCUUCUUUUAUCUCUGAAAAUCCCACAUGGUUGCACCGGAUUCCAAUAACCCAGAGCUGGAGCUGGAGCUGGAGCUUCUCCCUUACCUUCGAGUCUAUAAAAAUGGCGUCGUCGAGAGGCUUGUCGGGACACGAGUCACUCCGCCGGGGCUUGAUUCUCUAACUGGAGUUGACUCCAAAGACAUUACUAUUGUCCCCGAAACCGGCAUCACAGCUCGGCUUUACCGACCAACUGCCGUCGAACCUCCCCGUAAACUUCCCUUGGUUGUUUACUUCCACGGCGGUGCGUUUCUCAUAACCUCCAGUGCUGAACCUAUCUACCACAACAACUGUCUCAUCCCGCUCGCCGCAGCGACCGAAAGCGUCGUCCUUUCGGUUAACUACAGAUUAGCGCCGGAGCACCCUCUCCCCGCCGCUUACGAAGAUUCGUGGGCCGCGCUGCAGUGGGUUGCCGAACAGUCCAAGACCUCCGGGGACGAGGCCGGCCAAGAGCCUUGGCUUAAACAGCUAGUCGACUUUGAGAAGGUGUUCUUGUUAGGUGACAGUGCCGGAGGAAACAUCGCACACCACAUGGCCCUACGAGCCCAAAACUCCAAUCUUGCUGGGAAAUUCAAAAUUCGCGGAAUCGCUCUAAUUCAACCUUACUUCUGGGGCGAGGAACCCAUCGGCUCAGAGAUCACCGAGCCUGAGAAAAAGGCUCUAGUGGACAGUUGGUGGAAUUUCGUGUGCCCAUCUGACAGAGGAAACGACGAUUUAUUAAUCAACCCGUUCGCCGACGGAUCUCCGUCGGUCGAGGGCCUCGUGGGCGAGAAGGUGGUGGUAAUAGUUGCGGAGAAAGACAUACUGAGGGACAGAGGGAUGAUUUACUAUGAAAAUCUGGCGAAGAGCAACUGGAAAGGGAAGGUCGACAUUUUUGAGACGGAAGGAGAGGAUCAUGCUUUCCAUCUCCUCGAUCCAACUUCCGAGAAAGCUAAGAGACUUGUAAAUCGUUUGGCUUUGUUUGUAAAUGAAGACUGAGCGUUGAUAAUGGAAGUCCAAAAUUUGAAUUCA